AUGGGUUUCCAUUUCACUCCUUUACUUCUCACCCUACUCUUAUUGAUCUCUACACUGCCCACAAAAUCUUCGUCCCAGACCUUCAAAUGUAGCUCACCCUCCACAUGUCAUUCCCUCAUUGACUUCAUCUCUCCAAACAGAACAACUCUUUCCCAUAUCAAAACCCUCUUUUCCAUCAAAAACAUUCGUUCCAUCUUAGGUGCCAACAACCUCCCUCUCUCCACGGCACCAAACUUUACCAUACAUGCGAAACAGCCCAUCAAAAUCCCAUUUCCUUGCUUGUGCUUCAACAACACUGGUUUGUCAAAUAAUCAACCAACCUACGCCGUUAAGAAAGAUGAUACGCUUUAUCAUAUAGCAGCAGAAGUUUUCUCAGGAUUGGUAACAUUUCAAGAAAUUGCUGCUGUUAAUAAUAUAACCAACGCUGAUUUGAUUGAGGUUGGACAGAAGUUGUGGAUUCCAUUACCUUGUAGUUGUGAUGAUGUUGAUGGGGUUAAAGUUGUCCAUUAUGGACAUGUGGUGGAGACUGGGAGUUCUCUGGAGUUGAUUGCUCAAGAAUAUGGGACUAGUAGAGAUACACUAAUGAAGCUUAAUGGGAUUGCUAAUGAUAGUUCUCUUUUGGCUGGUCAAGUUCUUGAUGUCCCUCUCCAAGCUUGCAAUUCAUCGGUGAGAAGUGACUCGGUGGAUUAUCCCUUCCUUGUUCCUAAUAACACCUAUUUCUUCACUGCUAACAAUUGUGUGAAAUGCAAGUGUGAUGCUGCGAACUGGACAUUACAAUGUGAACCAUCUGGGAUUAGACCAUCCAACUGGUCAACUUGCCCUGCUAUGCAAUGUGAAGGUAGCUUGCUUACAAUCGGCAACACUACAACUUCUAGUUGUAACAUCACAACCUGUGCCUAUGCUGGUUUCAGCAAGAACCAAAGCAUCUUCACUACUCUUGCCACACAAUCCACUUGUCCAGUUACUACAGCUCCUGCUGGAACUCCUGGCAAUUAUGCUUCAAGGAUUGGUUUGAGUUGGAACUACUUGCUCAUCCCCAUUCACCUGAUUCUGCUUCUUGUAUAUCUUCUUUAG